AGAACUGUCCACCGCUUUCCACCACAUACAACGUGUCAUCAAAUGGGGAAAUUCUAUAGCCAGCUCGAAACUUCCUUGGACAAGUGUCUGCGUCGAUGACCCAUAAAGCCAGAAAAGCAAACUCCCUCCUAUAUAGAGGAGUAAUUCCUGUACUUAUCCAGAAAGAAGUCAAAGAAGGCGCAAGAAAUGGCAGAUCCAAGUCAUGAAUUCAGGCUCGUAUCUCCUCAUAUAGAUCACGAGGGAAGAUUGCCUAGGCAGUACACCGGCGAGGGACAAGGCGCCAAGAAGAACAUAUCGCCACCACUCGAGUGGUACAACUUGCCAGAAGGGACAAAGAGCUUGGCGUUGGUGGUGGAGGAUCUUGAUGGAGGGGAACCUGAUGGACCAAUUGUGCCGUGGGUUCAUUGGGUAGUGGUGAAUAUACCCCCGACAUUGAAGGGGUUGCCGGAGGGGUUUUCCGGGAAGGGAGAGGAGUUGGGAGGGGAGUAUAGUAAGAUUAAGGAAGGGAUUCAUUAUUGGAAGCAACCGGGAUGGCGUGGGCCUGUGCUGCCACAUCAUGGGCAUAGAUUCGAGUUCAAGCUUUACGCCUUGGACGACGAGCUUCAUUUUGGAAAUAAGGUGACGAAGGAGAAGAUGUUGGAGGCAAUUCAAGGACAUGUGCUAGGGGAGGCUGUUUUAAUGGCCAAAUUCUGAGAUGGAUAAAACUCUUACUCCCUGCAGUUUCUUAAUUAGGAGACAACUUGAAAUA